CACCGCUAUCCACUCCGUAUUCUACAUCAUAGAGCAUUUCUCACCAGCUGACCACCGUCCUCCGCUUCGGCGAACUUAAGACUGUGACUUUGUUUUCCGUCAAGCCCAACUCCAACUCUGGCCGCCCCGGUCCUGGUAAGCUGAUCGGCGCAAGACGCGGUUCAUCCCCAUUGAGGGUAACACAGCAGCGACAGAAGAAUAAUACCCCGAGGACGAGAAAAAGGAGAUCUUAGAGGCAUUCGGCCUUCUCAAUUGAGGCUUUAAUCAAUUCACUACUUUUCUCUCCUGUGGAUUUACAUUGAACCACCAUGGCGCCUACCGAAGCUUCUAUUCUGAGCAAUUUCCUGCUCUCCCCAGCUCCGCUGCCAACACUCAUAUCAUUGCAGCAAUUUACGGAGCUUUUCCCAAAGAGGCUGCGGUCUCACCCGCACAUUAGAGCGCUCUACCGCGAGCUGCAAGAGCUACGUGAACAUGACAUGGAUCUAGUCAAUGGGAACAUCGACAAAGAAGUCCGUCAGGGUGAGAACCAAAAAGCAGAGCUUCGCAAGUCCAUCACGAAAACCGGCGUUGAUGGACUCUCGUCCACUGACCAGCGAGAGAUGGAUAUGGAUGUCCAGUUGUUCGGGCAAACAUCCUCGAUCUCCGAGUAUCAUUCGGCAUCCAGUCUCCUAGAUGCCAUGGAGAAGGCCUGUUCAGACAUUGAACGCCAAGUUGCUGAGAUGGAUGAGAAAGCAACCUUGAUCUUGUCUAAGCUCAACAACACAGUCGGUGAUUUGAGCGACCUGCGCUACGGUAAGCUGCAGGGCCCCGCCGGCACGAGCGGCGAAGACAUGGUGAACGAAGCCAUCCGAGGUCUGAAUAAUUUGGAGGAUGCCUGCUAUCGUAAAAGCUGAGUUCGAUAGCUGUCAGGGCAUCAAUAUCUCAAGACUACUUUGGCCCUUAUCGAGCUGUCCAAUGGUCAGGGGACUGAUGACAUGGCCAGCUCGCUCAUUAGUAACACGCACGGCUUCUGGCCGGAACUGAACUUUAGCUGUGCAGUACGAUGCUCGUACAAUGUAUCAAACUAAAGCGCCUCUUGUUGCAUGAGAUCAUAUGCAUCCUUGAGAACAGAGUGUUCCUUUGCUUGCCGUGCCACGACCGUUGGAUGUCUUGGAUGAGCCAGGGAGGUCGAACCUAUGUCACAGACGAACAUGUGCAUCUAUGAAGAGUCUGCUGGGCUUUUGGUUUCGAAGAGAAGGCAGAGCGAGGAGGAUCCGAGCACGAUUGUGGGCCUAUUGAUAAUUAACUUACGAUGUUAUCAUAUCGCCAUUUUCCUUGAUAUCAGAGGUCGA